AUGUCAUAUAACAACUCCCUUGAAAAUCUACUAGGUUCAAAAUAUUUUACAUCUCAAUCAUCAAAUAAUAAUUUAUCAAGUAAUAAUGAUUUUAGGAAAAGUUCAUUAGCAGCAACAACUACAACUACAAAUUCAAUAAAUAAUAGUAGUAGUUUCACAAAUCCAGAUGAUUUUAUAACAUACAUUAUACCAGAUUUCAAUGCAGUGAAAUAUUUUCAAAAAGAUUUUGUAAAUUCAAAUGAAUUUUAUUUAAUUGAAGAAAGUGAAGUAAAUGGAUUUGAAUUAUAUAUAUGUGAGCAAUGGGUUAUUAAUAGAAAUAUAGGUACCAUAGUCACCGCUUACACUGGUAAUGAAACAUCCAAAAUAUCAGUUGUUAAAUUUACCAUUAUAAAAAAGCCAACAAAAUAUUAUCCCAUUAGGUUCCAAGAAUAUCUUACAGAAUUAAUUCAAAAUCAUUCACGAAUGAAAACUGUUGAUAAAGAAAGACCACAACAAACUGUAGCAAAUAGCAGGGCUAACAGUACUAAUGAUAUAGUUACGAUAGCAAAAAUAUCUAGUAAACCACCGAUGGUAGGAGAAAGAAAAGAUAAGCAAGCAGAUUUUACAAAUGAAGUAUGUUUUGUUACAAAUUUAACAUCAUUGCCACCAAACUUAAAUCUAAUACCUAUAGCAUCAGGUGAUGCAAGAACUAUUGAAGCUCCUUUUAUAAUAAAUUCAGAUUUGAAAAAAUUACAAUGUACAGGUCGAUCAGUUUCAUUAACAACAGAUAAAAUAUCAGAUGCAAGUGAUGAUAAGUUUCGUCAAAUGUAUAAAAUAUAUAAUGUCAAAGUUCCCAUAAAGUUUGCAGUGAGAGAGCUUGUAAAUGUCAUACAAACAUGCCUAUUUUAUUUUGAUUUAUUGGAUGGUAGAUAUUGUACUGGAUUGUUGUGUGUUAAAACUGAGGAAGCAAUAAAUAAUUGGUGGAAUUUAAUUGGGUUGCCACAUUUCAAUACUAAACCCAAUGCAAGAUUUGGAAUACUACCUGCAACUACAGUGGCAGCGAUAAUAAGUUUGAUUUUAAGUAUUAGGCUACGUUUACAAUUAGUUGGUGUUUCAGAUGUACCUAAAGAUCCAUUUGAUUUUGAAAAUUUUUUGUUGGCAAUUGGUCAAUUUCAAAGACAAAGCAAGUUAGAAAAGACAAGAAAGUUGGACAUGGAAACAAUGAAUAAAUUAUUUACUAUUACCAACGCAAGAUUAAUGCCGGAAAAAAGUUCUAAUUACUUUUACACUCCAUAUGAUUUGGAUGAAACUCAAGAUUAUGACUUAUUGACAUCACCAAAGCCAGUUGUACCUCAUAAAAGAACGUAUGGUAAAAGAGAAUUAAAAAAAUUAACAAACGUAAUGAAGAAUACGGUGCUGGACCAUAUUAAUGCUGCAAGUAUGAGAGAUUCAGAUGACACCACCAAAUCUGGAGGCAGAAUCAGAAAUAGAAUUGCAAAGUUGGCCGAUAGUGUGAGCCCAUUAGAUGUUGAAACAUUAGAUUUGGAUAUUUUAAUGAAAAAUUUUUUAAUUGGAAAGACUUUAUUAAGGUUAUUUCAUGGUGUACAAUCUGGAAAUGUUUUAUCUGAUGAACAAGGGAAACUACGAAAUAAUGAAAAUAGAAAAAGUGUCAAUAGUAACAAUGAUUCUUAUCUAUAUAACUUUGAGAGUUUAAGAGAUAAAAUUAUACAAAAUCACGAUAUACAAAUAAACACCAAGAAUGUUGGAUUUUCAAGAAGGUUUGGAUUACAGAGUAGGAAAAAUUUAGAUGAUAGAUUAGCACCACCAACACUUGACAAUAACAAUAGAUCAAUAAUUGCAAGAGAUCGAUCAUUACAAUCUUCAUCAAUGGUUGAUUCUUUUUUACAAAUUGGAGAUGCUGCAUCAUCAACUGAAGAAGUCCGUCGUCCAAGUAGUAUAGAUUCAUCAUGUGUAAAUACAGCAAACAAUAAUUCAAAUCAUCCACUAGUUCAGUUUAAGAGAGAUUUAAAUAGAAGGAAUUCAUGGCCAACAUUACUAAAUGCAAAAGAAGAAAAUUUAAAUUCAUUUAUACACAUGAAAGAAUCUUUCACUUUUCCAUCAGAGUAUAUCAACAUUUGCAAAACAAAACCGAGAAGUAAUAGUUAUACAUUAAUUGAAAAACACUUCCGUGGUGAUGAUCCAUCUUUAGAAAGUAUACCUAAAUUUUCAACACUAUACCUUAAAAACAUUGAUUCAUUAAUGAGAUAUGAAAACCUAAAAAACUAUUACUUUGAAACUGAUCAAGAUGUAUCUAAUGCCGCUUUAACCAAAUCAUUUCAACUACUUAAUGUUGAUCUAAUGAAAGUAAAAAAUUUAAAAUUACAAAUGAUGUCAAACAAGCACAGAGUAAUGGAAGAAGGAUUAGUUGACCAUUUAAAAUUUAAUUUCAAUAAUUUAACAGGUACAGUUGAUAGAUUAAGUUAUGAAACAAGAAUAGUCUCCAAAAAGAUUAAUGAGCUAGAGGAGAACUACAAACUUUAUGAAGAUAAAUUAAAUACAAAUUGUCAGAAAAAACUCAAAAAAAUAAUUGAUCAAGUUUUAAAUCUGAGAGAAUUUAAAGAACUAUACACAAUAAAUGAAAGGAAAUCCAUUGCUUUCGAAUUAACAAAUGAUGAAAAUUAUGUUAAAAUAGAACAGGAUGAUGAAAACAUGGGAAUAAUGAGAAUUAUAGUCGUGUUUUGUUUUGAAUUAAUCUCAACUAUUUUCCAAUGGUUUAAAUUUGAAAGAAAUAAUAUGAACUUGGAAAGAAUUAGGCAAUCUUGGGUUAAAUUAGAUCCUCAAAAAUCAGUCAUCAAAAGAACUUAUUCAUAUAUUGGUAGACAACCUUCUAGUGAUAGUAUAGCAUCAGCCGAAUUGAAUCAAUGA